UAUCCAGGUUCGGUGGUUUUUGGGGAGCCAAUUACAGCGAGCCUGGCCACUGAUGGUUCACACUACUGGAGUAAGAACUGGGCCAAGGCAGCUGCUUAUGUGACCUCUCCUCCUUUAAGUCCUGAUCCCACAACUGCAGACCACCUCCACACACGUCUGGCCUGUGGUGACCUACAAGUGGUGGGCAGUGCUCACUGUGCAUACAGUAUUUCCCAGAAGGCAAUCGGCAAAGAUGACUUUACUGAUCCCAGAGGGAACCACGGAGUGGAGGAGAGAAUGGGUUUCGUGUGGGACAAGGCCGUGGCAAUGGGGAAGAUGGAUGAGAAUCAGUUUGUGGCAGUUACAUCUACUAAUGCUGCAAAAAUCUUCAACCUCUACCCACGUAAAGGCCGGAUAGCAGUGGGUUCUGAUGCUGACAUUGUCAUUUGGGAUCCUGAUAGUGAAACCAUCACUGCCAAACUCCAACAAUCGGCGUCAGAAUAUAAUAUCUUUGAGGGCCUGGAGUGCCGUGGGGGUCCAGUGCUGGUGUUAAGUCAGGGUCGGAUAGUGUAUGAGGACGGAAAGCUACAGGUUCAACAUGGCACCGGACGCUUCAUUCCUCGCAAACCUUUCCCAGACUAUGCAUACCAACGUAUCAAGUUCAGGAAACAGGUGACGGGAAAACAUGCUGUUACUCGAGGGAAGUAUGAUGGCCCUGUGUACGAUGUUGCUCUGACCCCCAAAUACAUCACUCCUGCACCAUCUGCCAAAACAUCACCUACCUCUCACCAGCCACCACCAAUACGCAAUCUACACCAGUCUAACUUCAGCCUAUCAGGAGCACAGAUUGACGACAACAUCCCACGUUGGUCUGGCCACCGUAUUGUAGCACCCCCUGGAGGCCGCUCCAAUAUCACCAGCCUUGGUUAAACACUUGAAAGUACACGGUGUGUGGCUGCGUUUUCACCUCAUUAGCAUGUCUGAGCCUUAGAUGAUGCGCGUGAAAGUUAGAACAGAUGAACGCUUUUGUAUUUUUUCAACACGGUGGUGCUGCCUGUCUUUUUAUCACUUUGCCUCGAGUCCAGUGAGAGGAAGCACAUUUAUAGCAUGUACAAUCAAACCAGUCUUUCCACAAUCUUUAACAUAUAUACAGUACCACUGACUCCAC